UGUGGAGGAUGGCUCUGGUCGGCGGAACUAGGGUUUGGUAUAUAGACUGAGGAAGAAUCGCUUGGAGGCCUCUUUGAGUGUGCGAGUUCUCGUCUAUCACUCGUCGUCCUCCUUCGCCUUCAGCACCUUCGUUUAAUUGCAUUGCGGCAGGUGCUCAUUUGCAAACGAAAAUCGUAAAUCAUGGUGCUCUCUACCGACAUUGACCUCCUGCAACCUCCGGCCGAGCUGGAGAAGAGGAAGCAUAAGUUGAAAAGACUCGUGCAGUCUCCCAACUCUUUCUUCAUGGACGUGAAGUGCCAAGGAUGCUUCAACAUUACCACCGUCUUCAGCCACUCUCAGACCGUGGUGACCUGUUUGAAUUGCUCAUCUGUUCUCUGUCAACCAACCGGAGGACGAGCGCGUUUGACCGAGGGAUGCUCAUUCAGGAAAAAGGUUGACUAAGUUUACAGUAAUGGCGUAAUUUCGUUCACCAUGGUGCAGUUGUACGAACCUGCACCUACGUCUGCGUUAAGAUUCACUUGUACUUCAAGUUCUUUAACCUGCAAUUUUGGCGUUGCCCCGUCCAUAGUGGUGCGAUUGGUCUUAUUUGCACCUGCACCGUAUUUCUAAGAUCCACUUGUACCUCAAGAUCUUAACAUUCCAAUUUUGAAACAUGUGAUUGUUAAAAACCGUCAGUCACACAUGGUCUCAAUGUGCUCGAUUCGUUCGAGAUGUUAAUACAGAUCUUAGUUCUUGCAUCAUUAUCAUUAUCUUUAUUCCCCGUG